AUGGCGCAGAAAUGUGUCCAUCAAGGUUGCGGCAAGGAGUACACUGACCCGGAGGAGGUCUGCCGCUACCACCCUGGCCCGCCGAUUUUCCACGAGGGACAGAAAGGAUGGAAAUGCUGCAAACCGCGAGUCCUCACCUUCGAAGAAUUCAUGACCAUCCCCCCCUGCACCGAAGGCAAGCACAGCACCACCGACCUCCCGCCCAAGAUCGAAAAGAAAGAAGCCGCCGAUCCCGCUCUCCUCGCCGCCGCUGGGACCUCUACUAACCUCCCACCCGCCCCCCCUCGCGCCCCCGUCGCUACGGCCCCGCAGCAUGUCCCCACUCCGCCGCCACCAGCCCCGGAGUCGGACGACGACGACGACUCCGUGGAGAUCCCCGACGGCCGAAUGUGUCGGCGCAAGGCGUGCGGGGUGAGUUAUAAGAAGGGGGCUGGGAAGCGGGAGGGGGAGAAAUGUGUGCAUCACCCGGGCGCGCCGAUAUUUCAUGAGGGGAGUAAGGGGUAUAGUUGUUGUAAGAGGAGGGUGUUGGAGUUUGAUCAGUUUAUGAAGAUUGAGGGAUGUACGACGAAGGAGAGACAUUUGUUUGUGGGGAGUGGGAAGAAGGAUGGUGCUGGCGGGGGGUCGGCGGAUGCUGGUGGUGGUGGUGAGGAGUUGCUGGAGACGGUCAGGCACGACUUCUACCAAACACCCUCGGCAGUCAUCGCCUCGUUCUUCCUCAAGAAAAUCAACAAAGACGCCGCCAAAGUAGAGUUCCAAGAACAGACACUGGUCCUCGACCUGCCCACGACGGACGCGCCCGUCCCCAAGCGCUACAAGGCGUCCGUGCCGCUCUACGGCCUGGUCGACCCCGCCAAGUCGACCUUCAAGAUCCUAGGCACCAAGCUGGAGGUGUCACUGGCCAAGGCUGACGGCAACUCUUGGCCGGUUCUCCGCAGUGAUGACCGCUUGACGGGUGAAAUCCUGCAGAUUGGCCGAGCCGGAAGGGCCUGA